AUGGAGGACCUCUUCUUAGAACCCCAGCCCGGACCUAGCGUCACGGAUUUGCCGGAGGGUCAGGCACCGUCACUGCUUCCGACACCGCCUCGGCUCAUGCCUCACUUUGCUUACCUCGAAAAAUUCGAAGGGGGAAGUGUAUACACCGGUAUCUCGGCCGGCAGGGGCAAGUUCGUCCCCGUUCAGGAGAUUGUUCCGUCUCCCCACAUAGCCUUCGUAGUGGAAAAGGAUCGAAUUCGCAAGACUCUCGGCAUCAACAUUCAGAGUGACGGCUUGAUGGUGACCAUCUUCAAUGCCCUUGCUACGUACGACACCAACCCGCAGUAUCUCCCGUCCGACUUUGACACUUUGAUGAAGUACUAUGACGCUCUCCAUCAGCACCUCGAGGUUCUGGAGACUCAACUCCCCGGCCAGCCGGCCACUCUGGAAUUCCGGCUUCUUGUUGAAGAUCUCAUGCUAGACAGGGCAAUCUUUGAUGGCAUUGGCAUAGAGCAGUUCCGCCAGCGUGGUGUACUGUGCCAAUUACACCUUCAAAACAUUCACGAACGUAGCAUCGAUGCCGGCCUCGAUGAAAUUGACGACUGCUUCGCCCUCGGCCUCAUGCCGGCUUACAUCACCGAGGAUUAUCUCUGCGCUCUUAAUGAAAAGUACACCGAACUGGCCCUUAACGGAGAUUUUGUCGGGCUUUAUAAUCUCUGCGAGCCCGUUGCGCGCUCAGGGGAUAUCGAGCUGCAGCAUAACCCUUCGCUACUCCUCAAGAUCCUAGAUCAAGGCCGAUUCGAUAUAUACUGGUAUCUUCUAGAUUUAGUGACCAGAACGAGUGACCGAAGACCGUUUAUACCUGGUACCGACCUGCCCGAUGUCACUUUCGAACCAUUGCACGUAGCCAUCCGCUUCGGCCACCUCAAGACUGUCCAGGACAUUAUUUCAGAGGACAUCACUUUCAGAGGCCACAUUUCGGACGAAACCGCCAUUGGCAUUGGUCACCAUGUCUUCACCCCAUUAUCCGCCGCCGUGUAUUGGCGCCAGCCCGACGUGACGCGAUACAUCCUUGGUUUCGGUCGGUAUGAGCGAAGUGAGCUGGAGACGGCCAUCACUAUUGCUCUAGCGAACGACGACUAUGACCAAAUGAACAUUCUCCUCGAGUCCGGAGCUUUAGCUAUGCUUUCUGCUUCUUCACCUUACGACUUUUCUUCGCCCGCUACGAGCUUUGUCGACUCGGGGCUGGCAUCGCCGAGUAUCGAUAUUCCGGGCACGGGCUCCUUCGAUCGGUCCAUGCCUGACGCUACUUACGCCCCCGAAAAAGCAUCUCUUCCUCCGCCCCCCAACUGGAAUAGGGACCUCACAAUCACACCGGCAACUCUUGGCAGAGUUCCAGGCGCACCGAUAUCUACUACAGAAAGGGCUUCGCAAACCGCAACAACCGAUAGGACUAGAAGGAAAGAACAGGAGCGGUCGAGUUUCAAGCUUGCUGCGACACACAAGAGAAGAGGUGCCCAUAUGCAACGGCAAAUGCUCGGGAAGAAUCUCAUCACGUAUCUGGAUUCUCUCUGCAGGCGGGUGAGGGAGACUCUUGCGGGCUCAGAAGACGGCAGUUUAGAGGCCAACGUUGCAUUACAUUUCUCAUCCUUUGCCAAGGUCUGGGAUGGAGGACUUGCCGUCUUUAAACAGAUUAUCAAUAAUCAUCCGCCGAGAGGGGGGAUUAUCGAAGUCAUGGACUGUUUGGUUGUGGCGAGUGCUUUGUGCACGUCAAUAGGUAAUGAUGACAGCGCAAUGUAUCUUCAAUUCGUCAACGAUCUCGGCCGGUGGAAAACUAUCCUAGAACCCGACGAACAAACCCUCUUCACCAAAAUCGCUUUCUCCCUCUGGGCCUACACCGACCUCUCCUCCCCCCUCCACGAACACAACGACCAGGUCAACCUCGUCCGCUUCCAGGAACUAAUCCAAGACCUCAUAACCUUCGAACGAACCUACCAGCGCACCCCUAGCCGCUCGGCCCCCUACGCGACGCGCCUCAGCACCAUCCAGCAACAGUACAUGGCGAAAGAAGGGGGCUGGGCUUCCGGCCAGGCGCCUUCUAUGUCCAUCCCCAUUCCCGGGGGAAACAUGGCGCAGAAGCGGCGGCUCGCGGAGUCGGUUGCGUUUACGCCCGAGUCGGAGUCAGUGGAUGAUGGGUUUUCGAUUGAUGAGUUUUUUGAUGUUGAUCGGUUUUUGGCGGAGAGUAUGGAUAGUGAGCCUGUGCCGAAGAGGUUUCCGAAUUUGGAGUUGUAUGAUAUUUUGGCUACGACCGUGCUUUUGGUUGCCUCGGUUGCUUUUUCUAUAGUUCUUACGCUCAUGACGAUGCUCCAACUCGGUUUUGACUCCAAGGCAGUCCAGCAAGUAUGGCGCCAAGGCCCGGGAUAUUCCAGGUCUUGCAACCUCUUGAGCCUGUACUUUGAGAGUAUCGGAGGCUACAGCAAGAGCGCGCAGCAUUCCCGGCUCGGCAGGCCAUUUUCUCUCGACCGGAGGAUAGAGAACCUCUCGCUCUCGGCCGUAUCGAUCUCGUCGACGGGGUACACGGGGUCGGCAGCGUCUUCUACAAGUCACCCGUCCAUAGCAGUCCCGACUCGAGUAAACUCCUCCACCAACUUGAGGUAA